UUUUUUUGCCAAGCCGCAGUGUCUAACUGCUCAUUUCUCUUCUUCUGCUUUCUCUACACACAGGGGCCUCUCGGCCUGGACGGUAAACCUGGUCCUCCUGGACAAAAAGGAAGUCAGGGGCCAGCUGGACCAAAAGGCGAUAAGGGUGACCAAGGAGAGAUUGGACCACGGAUGGUCUUUCCUCGCUAUGAUCACGGCUUCAUCUCUGCCGACCAGCCCACUUUCCAGAGACGUAUGCUGAAGGGUGACCAAGGCCAGACCGGUCCACCAGGUCCUCCAGGCCCACCCGGACCCCCUGGGCCAAGAGGUCCUCCUGGAAACACGGGGAAGGACGGACCCCGGGGUCCCCCUGGAGAACAAGGUGCCCCUGGGAACAAUGGACAUCAGGGACUGAGAGGUUUACCAGGUGAUCCGGGUGAAGAUGGUCAACCAGGUUAUCCAGGACCCCAGGGACCCCCGGGGUCAAAGGGACAACGCGGUGAACCAGGAGCCAAAGGUGACCAAGGCAUGGAUGGUCUCCCUGGCCUUAAAGGAGACAAAGGAGAAGUUGGAGAAACAGGACCUCAGGGAGAAACGGGUCUUCCGGGUGAGAAAGGUGCGUCGGGCUCGAGUGACGUCAUCGCCUUCAACGACAAAAUACUAGAUGCUUUUAAGGCGAUCCACACCAUCAGUGUUUCGGGACCGGCGGGUCCUCCUGGACCUCCAGGACCACCUGGACCUCCGGGAAAGGACGGGACAAAGGGAGAACUGGGCUUACCUGGACUUGCUGGCGUAGAUGGAGAGAAGGGACCUAAAGGAGAUGUUGGAGAACCAGGAACUCCUGGAGACAGAGGAGAGAAGGGAGAGAUGGGACUCUCUGGUCCCGCUGGAAUGGAUGGACAGAAAGGAGAGAAAGGAGACAGCAGACUAGAAGACAACCUGGUCCAGAUGAUUUCUCAGCCGGGACCACCGGGACCUCCAGGACCAAGAGGACCUUCGGGAUUUAUGGGUCAUCCUGGUGUUCCUGGCCCGAAGGGCGAUCCAGGAGAGAGUGUUAAAGGAGAGAAGGGAAACAGCGGCGUUCCGGGAAUCCCGGGUGCUCAGGGCCCACAGGGACCCACAGGUCCGACGGGGUUGGUCGGCCUUCCGGGAUCCAAGGGGGAAAAAGGAAAACAAGGAGAGCCCGGAUUAGACGGCUUUCCAGGUCUUUCAGGAGAAAAAGGAGACACGGGGGCUAAAGGAGAAAAGGGUGACCGUGGCUCUGUAGGGAAGAGAGGGCUGAAGGGGCAGAAAGGAGAGCAGGGGCCGCCCGGAUUAGACCAGCCCUGUCCUGUGGGCUCUGCCGGAUGUAAAGGCCAGGCAGGGGAAAGCGGGCAGGCUGACGCCAGGGCUCCCUGCCGGCUGGGUCCAGAUGGACUUCCGAUACCUGGCUGUUGGCACAAGGACGACGGGACGAUGCAGAGAAUCAAGCGAAAGCGUCUGUCGCAGCCUUGACGGCUGGAAAAUAAUCGAUCCGUCAUACAGGAGCGUCUUCGUCGAUGAAAUGAAGCCUGGAGAAGAAGUACCUUGGCUCUGUAGGGCACACGGGAAUGUACGGUAGUGGCUCUGGCGACGGUCACUGUCGUCCGGCGAGGAUGUUUUGACACUAGCGCUUCACUAGCUGACGGAUGGGAAAGCCGAUUUUAGCUUCACAAGCGAACAGUUGGGUGUCGAGGGUGUCUGAUAUGGAAAUGAUAUCGAAGAGCUAACUGAUAUCUAACCUUGAGUACCAUAUCUUGAUUUGCUAUCAUUACUAGCGUAUGCUUUUUUUUUUUUUUUUUUUUAAAUAAAAAUUUUUUUUUUUGAUUUUCUUCAGCAUCUGCGAGAAAUGAACUGGUGUUUGGUCGCUCGGAUGGUUCGUUCUUUUGGUAGUUGAUGACGAUUUGUAAUUAAGGAAGAUUAGCGUGUUACUGUAUUAUUAUUAUUAUUAUUAUUAUUAUUAUUAUAAUAUGUACACUACUACUAGAUUGUAUUAUAUUUUGUUAAACAUACCGUCAUAUUGAUUGAUCAUAUUGUUGGGAUUCUUCAUGUUACAAUGAUUUCAUUUAACAUCACAUUCAGUUUCUGUAUCUAUGUAUUAAUUUAUGGUAUAUUUUGGUAUGUGGUAUAUCAUGCUAUCAUUGCUAAGGAUGCAUCGAUAUGAUUUCAUUCAUUUCUUUCGUACUCAAUGCGAAUAACGAUACCAAAACGAGUCGUCUACUUUCCGUUAAGCAAACAAGGCCGUGACAUUAUAUCGUUCAGCUCCGUUCCCUGGUUUAAAAUGCUAGGCUCGUGAGUUUAUUUUAGACGAGGCGCAUUAGCUGGCUACGUGAGUGACUUUGGAUGGAUCCGGGAAAAGCAUUUCUGUACAGUCGUGAUUAAAUGACCUUUCGCAAACGCCGACGCCGAUCGUCAGGAACAACGUACCGGGUAAAGAUUUGUUAUUUUUCACUCGCCUAGCUUCGUCGGUAGACGUUUUUGUUUUCUCACCUAGCUAUUGAAUUUGAUGUUUUGUAUCGUAGGAAGACGCUGUAGUGCGUCCUUUUGAUGUUUUCGCAGUCGAUUCAGAUCGCGGACGUUUCACGUCGUCGGUUCGUCGGCUAGGAAUUCGGAGGCUGAGAUUACGACGUGGCGCGUGUUUAAGUGGAUUUGGUCUGAAAAAAGACACAAAGAAAUAAAUUUGUUUUUUUAUUUAUUUAUAUCAUCAAAGAACGACUAAGAAGUUUAUUUUGCCUUACGGAAAGAAAAUACCGGACUGCUAACGUGCAUAAUCGUUACUUAAAUCUUAACGUCCGCUACAGACGUCGCUUUCAUAUCGCCACGACUUCAAGUUAUCGACGCCAUCGAUUCGUAAAGUCGGGACUCGUAGAACGGAGUUCCCGAGUUUUAAUCACGAUGUCGUCGCGCCGUUCGCGUCGUGAUUACGAUUUUUCCGACAGCACUCGAAGGCAGCGGUACGAUCACUUGGUCACGAGUUGUGGAAAUUUAGAGAUGUUCUAGAUGUAGCCGUUUUAGCAUGAAUCAAAGCCUUGUAUUUACAGAAAUAUUUACGUUUAUUCGCUACACGAAGUUAAGAAGAACGUAAUCCACGCGCCGAUUUGAGUACUCGACUUAAUAAACGGUCAAGUCGAUUAUUAACUAACGUUCUCACUUUUCACUCCGUAUGAAACAAAUCCAGCCUCUUUCCUCGGAUUUAAAACAAAGACUUUGUGCUUUUCUGCCAGUUUACUGAUUUUUAUAUCGACUUUAUUAUUUCUUUACACACACACACACGUUUAUAUUAUAGAUGUUCUAGACAUUUAGCACUAUAGAUAAGAAAGAGAUUUGACACCAUUUCUCACACACACACACUUCACGGUUGCUGCGUUAAAUGAAUGUAUAUGAAACCAUUUCAUUAGUUAGGAAUAAAUCACAAGCCAUUACGAAGCAGUCUGUUAAACCCUACUUACUGUGAAUUCUUGCGUGUGUUUAUUUUGAUUUUUUUUCUUCCUCCCCGCCUUGGCUUUGAGAACUGACUUUAUUUUGUAACGGUAUUACUUUUGAAAUGAAACGGUGUUUCUAUUUGUUUCGAUCGGUUUUUGAUUUACGAGA